UGCUCGACCAAGACGAGAAGAAAACGGGAAAAAAUAGCUAAUUUAAUUCGUCUUACUCGGCGUGGCGUGCUGAAAACUGAAGACAGCAACAAGGGAAUCUGACAUGCACUUGCAGAAAUCGCCAAAGGAGAAGUCGUGUUACACUCUGCCCACAGUGAAGAAACUCCUGGAGCAGAAGAGAAAGAGAGAGACUUCUUCAGCACCUCCGGCCUGUGCUGCUGCAUCCAGUUCCGCUGGUGCCGUCGCACCCGUCCCAGUGUCACCAUCAGCUCCCUCUGACGGUACCAGCAAUAGUUACUUCGACAUGGCAGCAAUGAGUUAUGACCGGUGGGAUGGAUUAUUGCACCAGCAUUCUUCAGCCUUGCAGCCCUGUAACUCCUUCUCUGCUGUGGCACUUGGUUACCCCCAAAGCUUUUCACAGACUGGUGUCUACAGCCACAGCCUGCCCACUGCUGAGCCACAGGCCUCCAGCUACAGCCCACAUCAGCUGCAGGACUGUCAGGACGGACAGAUCCCACAGAACUUCCCUGGAGCAGAGUGUCCAGUGACAGCAGCUUUGAGUGGUGCCAAUGCUGUGACUGUUCAGAGCUCGUGUUACUCCUGGUCCUCGGGGUCCAGGCCCCAGGCGCCUGCAGGACCCUGCAGCCUCCAGUUCAGGACCCAGGUGGACAUAGCCAAGCUGGAGGAGGCUCGAGCGUUCCUGCAGGGCAUGGACUACAGCAGAACCACCUGGCAAGACGAUGACGGAGACACGAUUCUGCACAUCUACACUGCUAAGGGCCAGAGGGAAUAUGCUUUUGCUGCAGCAGAGAAGCUGCAAGAACUUGGCAGGUUGGACUCAAAGGAGCACAAGGGCAAGACUGCUCUGCUGGUGGCUGUGACGGCCAAUCAGCCGGAGAUAGUCCAGGACCUACUUUCUCUAGGAGCAGAUAUCAGCAUUUGUGACAACAAAGGUCAGACUGCGCUGCACCUGGCGGCUACGUAUGGCUUCCCUCAGGUCAUGCAGAUGUUGCUGUCAAUGGACCAUGGACUGGACAUGGAGGCCCGCAAUUUUGAAGGGCUCACCCCACUCCACUGUGCAGUGAUUUCCCACAGUGCUACGAUGAAGGCCCUCGCUGCCUCCUCCUCAUCCUCCACAUGGCUACCUGAUAGUGGUCUGCAGUCUCAGGCCGAGAACAAGCUAUUCUGUCUGCAGCUGCUGCUCGACGCUGGGGCUUCCCCUGUCAGCCAGGAAAUCAAAAGCAACAAGACUGUUCUACACUUGGCUGUUAAGGAGGGGAAUAUCCAGCUGGUGCAUUUUUUCCUGAAAUUCCAGCUUCCUGACAUGCAGGCCUUUAUCAACAUGAAGGCCCACGGGCACACAGCCUUACACAUGGCGGCAGGGCUGCACGGAAACCCCCAUCAGGAGGAGCUGAUCCGGCUGCUGCUAAGCAGAGGUGCAGACCCCAGCAUCCGCAACCUGGAGAAUGACCAGCCUGCCCACCUGCUGCAGAGUGGUCAGCAAGGAGAGAAGCUGAAGCUCAUCUUGAAGAAGAGAAAUGCCUCGUCUAGGCGCCGUAUCGCAUCCUUACAGGACCAAGAAUGACCAGGACUGCUUCCAGUCCCACCGUACCUCCCUUUACUUCUCAUAGGGACAUCGGAAAGUCUGCAUUCAUUCAAGGGGACACCGUAUAAGCACAGGCACUCUUUCAGAUAUUGGAGGAAACAAAAUCAGAGCAGAUAAAAAGAUAAAAUCCCUAGGGGUGGAUAAUGUGACAAUCGUUUUCACAAUAAUUUGUCAUGAAGAAAAUGUGUAUUUCUAGAACAGAGGUCAAUUGUAUGUUUCAUUGAAGAAAAAAGUUGAAGGGGCUCUGCAGUGGCACAGCUUUUUUGGUGAGAUUGCGAAUUUAAAUCCAUAAAUUCCCAGUGCCACAUAUUUGGUGCAAAAUCAAUGCCAAAAGUUGAAAAAAUUUAAUAGAAAGAUUUAAAUAGAACUUUAAAUUUAAACUUUAGUUCCUUCUAUAGUACAGAGCAAAAUCAUAAACCUAGCAAACACACCCAAACCUACCUAAUGUUGAGUAACUGGCUUGCCAGUUAUAAAUUUACACAUUCUAAAGACAACUUACUAAUUUUAACUUAAUAAUUGUUUUAGAAUGUGUGAUUGAUGUACUCAGUUGGUGUAAUAUAUAGAAGAAUGUUUCACCUGAAAAAAACCCUAAUUUACUACUUACAACAGAUGUUGUUGAUCACUAAGACACGUUCAGUGUCCAAAUUUUGUUUCUUUAAUUUAACACUGGAGCUAUGAGGCCAACAUUGCUAACAAACACUUGCACUAGAAGUCAAUAGUCACCCAAACCUUUCUGUAAACACACCUGCAAAUUCUCUCUUGGCCUCUGCAUCCAGGUCUUCAUUUCAGACUUGCAGUUUGAGCUAUAAAAAUGAACUGAACUUCACCGUGUAGCUGAAUUUGGUUGCCAGUUUAGACAUCAGGUGUUGCGGCGAAUUCUGACUGUUGUCUUAAGUGACUGAGCGCAGUGUUCAGCUACACAGUGAAGUUUUGUUCAGUUCAAUAGUUCAUAGUAAGUCAUACUCUGCCAUAAAGCACAUUUACAGAUCUGUGCAACUUUAAUUGAGAACUUUUUGGGGAUGCAUUUACAGAAAAAAGUUUUGGGUGACUACUGACUUCCAGUGUUUCACAGCCUCUUAGUUCUAGCGAAGCAAAACAGACUCCAAACAUGUCUUUGCUUAUUAUCAACAGCAUCUGAGGAAAGUAAAAAUUGUGUAAAUUAGAAUUUUUUGAUGAAGCAUUCUUGUUUUGCCAUUCGUGCCUUUGCUGUGAUAGCAAGAAUUGACAAAUUUCACUGUUAUUCAUGGCAUUUGACUCCCAAACACCUGUAACUUUUAGCCUUAAUAGCAUUCAAAUAUGGUGAAACUCUUACCCAAUAUCAGAAAAUGAGGUAAAUAUCAUGAAAAUGCCUUCAAGUAUGAUGAGAUCAUCAUGUUUGCCAUAUUGUCCACCCCUAGACACCAUGUGGAAGAGUAUGGGAAUUAGAAAAAAAAAAAAAAAAAAAACACUGAAAAAGUGCCACCAAAUCUAAUCUAACGUCCCUUGAAUGAAUUCAGAUCUUCACAUAGGACGGAUUUUUAUCUACAGUAUCCUCUUAUGAGGGUUUUCACCAGUUGCUUCUCUAAAUUGUUGUAGAGGGUCAUCUAAUGUUUCACGUGUACUUUCACAAGCUUUUUCUCACAAGUAAGCGCCCAAUAUAGCUCAUUCAGAAAAUGAAUAUGCCCAUAUCAUGAGCACGUGUCAGAGAAAAAAGAGGCCUCUGCGGUUCCUUUUCUGAAGGAAAUGAUUUCUGUGAAAUCUCGAAGCACGGCCGGGUUCGCUAGUCGAAUUUCCUGCCAUUUUUUAUAAACCACAUUGGUUUGGAGAAUGGAGGGGCUUCCUUUGCUCUUUCCAUCCGUACACUGCAUCAGUGUUAUAACCACAUUUAUUUAUUUUUUUUCAGUUACACUUAAUAUGCAAGUGUAAUGUGGCUUUUUUAUAUGUAUGUGUAUCCACUGUCCUAACAAAACCUCCAUAAAAGCAACUUAACAUGAAUGUAUGUUUAUGAUUUUAAAGGAGAAUUCCACUGAUUCGUCAACAUUUCUAUGUAGUUAAUCAAGUUGUUUGCAGUGGUGGUGAUGGGAACCAGACGUCUGAAUAGCUUAGUGCCUCUUAAAAGCUCCCUCAAAGACCCUCCAGGAAAUGGUUCUCUGUGAUGUCUUGGUGUUUUAUGAUGUGUUUCGGUCUAAAUAUGUUUUUAGAAGUACAUUGAGGGCAAAGUAUGUUCUGAUUUCGCAUUUACCAUUAUGAAAGUUAUAUAUAUAAAGCACAUGUAGAUUCACUGGUGGUUUCAGAUAGGAAAUGAAAGGGCUAUAUUUGAGUCAUAAGCAUCAUGAGUACAGGUUCCCAUCACCACUGUAAAGAAAUACAAGUCAGAAAAUUUCUCUACAAUGAACCACUUUACAGCAAACCACUCUGAAUGACUGUUUACAUUUCAGCCAUUGAAUUAUGCAGAAAUGUUGAGAAAAAGUUGUGGAAUUCCCCUUAAAUCCAAGUAAUUCUGGACCAUUUCUAUUGGUUCGGUUUGCAACAGUCACAAAACCGGAGUUACUAGGGGACGAUGCAUCGUCUGAUGGUGUUUUACUCAGGAAAAUAAACUAUUUAUAUGCUGUACAACAUGUACCAAGACAGUUCUCUGUAGAACCUCUAACCUAUAUAGCUGGGGAAGCUGUAGCAGAUGUGUCAUCGCUCAAGUGUGAGCACAUUCUUAUGAGUCAUGUGAGGGAGUAAAAAUGUCAAACCACUUUCAAAGCAUAGCAAGGUUCUCAAAUACACAAUAAAGACAAUGAAAGACAAAAUGAUCGUCAUUCACAUUAACUGUGUUUAGAAGCUAGGAGGGUGGUAAAAAUGUGGUAAAGAGUUUAUGUUUUUGUAUUUUUUCUGGUGGUUUCAUUCGACUGUGAUUUUUUUGAGUCAGAAUAGGCAAAAUGAAGGAACGGCCAAGGGAUUUAUCACCUGUGAAUCACCACUGCGCCUCAAAUACACUGGUAAUUCAAAUGAGGGGGGGGAAAAACAUUAUACAGUCACUUCCCUUGAAGACGCAGUGAAAUGAUUGUAGAUUUAUAAGAAUUGUGAAGCACUUCAUGUAAUCAAAAAGCAACAGUGUUGACUACUUUUCCUAGGUUUAAAAUGGAUUAACGCUGCAAACUACCUGUAAUGAAUGUAAUCCACUGACCAACUGAAUUGUCUCAGGCUUCAGCAAUGGCAUUAAAAUAUGCUGUUAAAGCAGCGUCUCUUCUGUGUAUCGUG